UUCAGAGUAAUGGAUAAUGAUGUAUCCAAAGAUUAUCCAGUGCUUCGUUCAUCAUUGCAGUGCGUCAAGCACUCGCCCAGUCCCGGACUUCCGCUGGUCUACCUCAACACCUUCCUAAGCGCAUCGUUCGCCGAGCUCUUUACAUUUCCCCUAGACGUGACAAAGACGCGACUGCAUCUUCAGGGCGAAACGGCGGAAAUGGCGCAUGCCAAGGGUAGCCAAACACGUGGCAUGUGGGGCACAUUUGCGGGCAUGGCGCGCGAGGAGGGAUUGCGUGGCGUCUAUGGCGGACUUUCGGCCAUGAUUAUACGGAAUUUAUUCUUCAAUGGGCCACGCGUUGUAUUCUAUGAUUUCAUUCGCCGGCAGCUCAUCUAUGUGGACAAUCAGGGCAAGGAAGUGUUGACCGUAUUUCGGGGUUUCCUCUCCAGUUGCCUGGCGGGUUGCACGGCUCAGGCGAUUGCCAAUCCCCUAGAUAUCGUGAAGAUCCGCAUGCAAGUUGAGGGCCGACGCCGUGCCCUUGGAUAUCCGGCACGGGUUAGCAAUGUGAAGCAGGCGUUGGAGUAUAUCUAUAUGCAGGGUGGCAUCAAGAGCAUGUGGAAGGGCGUGGGACCAAGCUGUCUGCGUGCCAUGCUGCUGACAACGGGCGACGUGGCUGUUUAUGACCUCAGCAAGCGAAAUAUAAUCUCCAUGAUUGGCUUAGAAGACGGCAAGCUUGUGCAGUUUUUGGCCUCAGUCUCCUCAGGAUUGGCAGCCAGUGUGCUGAGCACUCCCACCGAUGUUGUCAAAUCACGAAUCAUGAAUCAGCCGGUGAAUGAAAGGGGUCAGGGAAUGCACUAUAAGAACGCCUUCGAUUGCUAUUACAAACUUAUUACCCAGGAAGGCAUUAUGGCCAUGUAUAAAGGCUUUCUGCCAUGUUGGUUACGCGUUGGUCCUUAUAACAUAUUCUUCUGGAUCGCCUUCGAGCAGUUGCUUCGUCUGCAGGGUCAACAUAGUUUUUGAUUCAUACCCUGUUCGUCUUUAUUUGUGAAUGCAGAUGGAUAUGUGGACACUUGUCGAGGAGAAGUGUAAUCGGCUUAUCGAUUAGUAAUUAAGCAGUUGCCCAGCCCUGGUUGUAAAUUGGAAUGCAAAUUCAAAUUGAAAACAAUGCAAGGCCAGUCAGUGGCGUCACCUAGGCAGAUAUAUAAUAUAUUUGUAUUGUGGCAUCAAAAUCGUAAAAAAUUACAUGUGCCUUUGAAAAUUUGCAUAUUUUAUUAAAUGAAUUAAUGUA